AUGAAGGGAAUUACUAUUCUUUCGCUUUUUGGGGCUGCCGUAGCUCAUCCGGCGGGCCUGUGGUGGGGUACCGAUCUUUGCUUCACCAGUCCUGAAAAUACCGACAAUCAGUGCUCGGAUGCUCAGGAGGACGGCUUUGACUUGUCUGAGCUACUAAACAGUGACGAUUGGGCAAUUCGGACUUUGGAGGCUUCCACUUCGCUGGGCUCGAGCCUAAGGAUGAUUGUCAUGGAUACGAGGCAAGUCACUGUCACGCAUUUGGAGGCUCUGGAUUCUAACCUUUUGAAGGGCGCUUGUCUUGGUGGAACGCUGUCUAGUGAUGAUGACUGGACAAUCAAGAUUUCCGCUGACGACGCUCCAUUCUCAAUCCGAAACUUCCAUCUCUCAACUUCCGAGAGCACUGAUGUCUUCAUCAUCUACGAGAUGCCUGAUGGUUCUUCCUGUCGUCAUGUCGCUUCUAGCUCGUCCAACGGAAUUGAUGUCGGAAACGACCAGUGUGGUGGUGCCGUCUCGGUCGAAUUCACGCUUCCAGAAGAAAGCCAGUUCGGCGAAUGCGAUCUAGAGAUUCAUUCAAUUGACUUUGACUGCUCUACUGGAACCAAGCCACCUCAGCCUCCUGUGCAUUGGACCUCGCCUGUUACGCCUGAUGCUUCUACCCCUACCCCGUCUGUUUCCCUGCCUUACGUGCACUGGACCCGGCCUGUGACGCCUGAUGCUUCCACCGUUAGCCCCUAUGACCCCCCUCACACUUACCAUGAGCCUACCCCGUCUGUUUCCCUGCCUUCCGUGCACUGGACCCGGCCAGUGACGCCUGAUGCUUCCACCGUUGGUCCCUAUGACCCCCCUCACACUCACCAUGAGCCUACCCCGUCUGUUUCCCUGCCUUCCGUGCACUGGACCCGGCCAGUGACGCCUGAUGCUUCCACCGUUAGCCCCUAUGACCCCCCUCACACUCAGCGUGAUCCUACCUCGUCUGCUCCGCCGAAGGUUUCUAGCUGGCCGAUGACGACCUCCACAGUCUGGACUACCCAGGAGUUCACCGUCACCAAAUGCGCGCCUACCAUCACUAACUGCCCUGGUCAUUCGACUGUAUUGGUUACCUCUACCUAUCCCUUGUCAACCACGGUCUGCCCAUCUAAGCCCGUGGAUCCCGAGACAUCUACGGUUGUGUACACGCACCCCGCAGUCACGGACCCCAUCGACACCACGACCGCUACUGCGCCCAGCCUACCCGUUGUUACCGCCCCCUGCCCCAACGUGGUUCCCAAGUGCUUCAACACAUGGCUCUCCAUUCCCAAGUGCGACUCCAACAGCGAUGCCGCAUGCUUCUGCCCAUCUACCGAGUUCACAGACAAGGUCAGCUCGUGCAUCCGGGCCUGGAGCAGCUCCAAGAGCGAGGAAGAUUCCGCCCUUGCUUACUUCGCUGGUAUUUGCGCCCCCUUCGUCCCGACGAACCCUGCUAUUGUCGACAUCGCUUCAACCUACACGAGCACUUUCACUUCUUUGAUUUAUGUCCCUAUCACCACUGCUGAUCCUACAACCACACAUACGUUUGUUGAUCCUGUCAGUGUAUCCACGCCUGUCUCUCAGGCUCCUUCUACCACCAUCAGCUGGGCCUCGCAUACCGCCACUGUUCCCCUUGUUGGGUUCAGCACGGUCACUUGUUCCUCCACAACCUCUGUGAAUCUGGUAGUUCCCACUCCUGCGGGCUCUCCUUCUCACACCGGUUAUGCGCACGUGUCGUCCUCGACGUUGACGACUAGCUGCAAAACCCCCGCCCCUCUUGGUACACCGACUACCUCUAGGCCCGCAAUUCCUUUCACGCCAGUCAAGCCCGCAUCCGAGCCAGCUGAAACUGUAGUUUACGGAAAUGUUGGAUCGAAACUACCUCUGUCUAGUUUCUGGGCUUUUGGUCUUGUCCUUUUGGCUCUCCUCUUUUAA